CUUACUCACACUUCCGUCAAGUUGAGCAGUUGCUGCAUAGUCUCUGUACAUUGAGGUCUUUUUUAUUCAAUCAGACUCAAAAAACACUUUGAUAGAGAAAAAUGAGCGAAAUCAAACCAGAAGAACCAGCGACAGCUGAGCUCAGCGCCGAGGAAAAAGACUGGGCGGCAGCUAAAGCUUUUUUUGACAGUUUGAAAACAAAAGUACCGAGGCCGCCCAAACCCCAGAAUGCUGUAACCAUCGCCGUCUCCUCUCGCACCCUCUUCAACAUGGUGACAGAGAGGAAGAUCUACGAGGAUGACGGGCUGGAGACGUACGUUGGGUUCCAGGUGAAACAUGAAGACGAGCCUUUGAAACCUGGACCUGCAUUUCCCUUUGUUAAGGCUCUCAUGAAUGUCAACAGCCGACUGAGGGAGCUUUACCCUGACAGUGAGGAGCUGUUUGACAUCGUAUUGAUGACUAACAACCACGCUGAAGUCGGCGUGCGCCUCAUUAACAGCAUUAAUCACUACGGUUUGACUAUAGAGAGAUUCUGUAUGACUGGAGGGGAAAGUCCUAUAGGUUACCUGAAGGCCUACAUGACAAACCUUUACCUUUCUAAGGAUUCAAAGAAGGUCAUAGAUGCUAUAGAAGAAGGGAUUGCAGCAGCUACCAUGUUUAUGUCAGAAAAGGAGAGCAAUCUGAGUGACACUCAGCUAAGAGUGGCGUUUGAUGGUGAUGCCGUCCUUUUCUCAGACGAGUCAGAAAUUAUUGUGAAGCAACACGGCCUGGACUCUUUUUUUGAGCAUGAGAAAAAGAAUGAGGACAAACCCUUGGCUCAGGGUCCAUUAAAGUGUUUUCUGGAGGCCCUUGGAAAGCUCCAGAGAAAGUUUUAUGAGAAGAACGAACGCAUGAAUUGCCCGAUCCGAACCUUCCUGGUCACUGCUCGCAGCGCAGCGAGCUCUGGUGCUCGUGUCCUGAAGACCCUCCGAACCUGGGGCCUGGAAAUUGAUGAGGCCCUCUUCCUUGCUGGGGCUCCAAAGGGGCCCCUGCUGCAGAAGAUAAGACCUCACAUCUUCUUCGACGACCAGAUGUUCCACAUUGAGGGGGCCAAGGAACUGGGAACCAUAUCUGCACAUGUCCCUUAUGGAAUAGGACAGAAGUACCACAAAGGGAAACUCAUUGAGCAGCCAGAAAAAAAGGAGUAACUUGAAGUGAAACACUAAAAUUUAUCUCCAUAGGAAGAGAUUAGCUUCACAUUAGUAAUAUUUUUUUAUAUAAAACAUGCCCCUCUAAAGGAAAAGUUUGGAUGAGACUGUAAUUCCUAUAUAUAUUUUUAAAGCACAGUUCCAUAGUGGCCCAUAAAGUUCUCUUUAUAUAACUGAAAAGACAAGAAACACAAAAGACAAAAGAAAGACUAGCAAACACUGUUACGUUUUAGUCAAAUCUGUACCUUUUUAUUGGGUCAGUCAGAAAUGAAAACCCUUUUAAAAUAAAGUUUACAUCAUUUUGGUCA